AUGGCGAUUCGUAUUCGGCUUCUGCGAUUUGUUGCGAUGACCUCUGUGUUAUUGUUGUUUAUCGACUUGUUUCUGUCCAUAUCCACCAGCAACAAGAAUGAAGCUAGCGCGACACUCCAGGAGGUGGGCCGCUCGUCUGUCAAGCAAGUCGCUUCCCAGGAACACAAGUGGAACAUCAAGACUACGGCUGCGUGGUUAUCAGGCAAGCAGAGAGCAUUUCAUCGACAGUCUGCGGCAAGAAGACGCAUGACUUUGCGUGAGAAGCUGCGAGAAGACUUUCCUUACGACGUCAGAAGCGUCUUUCCUGCCUUCAUCUGGCAGACCUGGAAAGUUGGACCAGACCACAAGGACUUUGAUGAAAACUUGAAAGGUCACAUGUCGACAUGGACAGAGCAGCAUCCGCAUUAUACUCAUGAGAUCAUUACAGAUGAUGUGUCGCGACUGCUCAUGCAUCACCUGUUUGCCAAGACGCCGGAGGUGGUCGAGGCGUAUGAUGCGAUGCCCCACGCCGUAUUGAAAGCAGACCUCUUUCGGUACGCCAUUUUGCUCGCGCGCGGAGGCACGUAUACCGACGUCGACACCAGAUGCUUGAAACCAAUUUGGGAAUGGGUGCCGCCUCAUUUUCCAAAUGAUACUUUCGGACUCGUGGUUGGCAUUGAAGCAGAUACGCAUGAGGACAAUUGGCAGAGGCGACUAGCUCGACCACUGCAGAUUACGCAGUGGACGAUCAAAGCGAAAUCAGGCCAUGCUGCUCUCGUAGACGUCGUCGCCAGUAUCACUGAAGCAAUACUCGUCCUUAAGCGACAAGGUCUGGCUGCAUCGAUUCAAUCAGCGCAAGUCGAGGACACGACUGGGCCUGGUUUGUGGACAGAUGUUGUUUUUCGUCACCUCGGCUCGGAUGAGUCUGAAAAGAGUCUACAAGGCAUCUCGGGAGGAGCGAUCAACUGGCGAGAAAAGCUGACGGGCACAAAGGAACAGCGCCAGUUCGGAGACGUCAUUGUGCUGCCCAUCACAAGCUUCUCGCCCGGGCUGGGGUCGAUGGGGUCGAAGCCAGCCAGCGAUGACAUGGCGAUGGUACAACACCACUUCCAUGGGAGUUGGAGAAAUCAGACUGGGUGGAAGAGCAUCGCGUCUGAUGAUGCGGCGCCAAACCCCGAAUGA